GCUGCCGCUGCUGUUGCUGUUGCUGCUGCUGCUGCCGUUAAAAAAAUGUGCCGGACCCGGAGGAACUUACUCGGCAUCCUGGCAGCCGUCUGCCUGCUGCUCAACGUUCACGCCGACGAACACGACCACAUAUAUGAAAAAGGGGAUGAAGUAGUACUGUGGAUGAGCACCGUUGGUCCUUACCAUAACAGACAAGAGACGUACUCAUAUUUCUCUUUACCAUUCUGUAAAGGACCUAAAGAGGUUAUCAGUCAUUAUCAUGAGACACUUUCUGAAGCUUUACAGGGUAUUGAACUUGAAAUGAGUGGUUUAAAUAUUGAAUUUGCAGAUCCUGUUAAAAAGCAUGAAUAUUGUAGUGUUCAUUUAAAAGAAGAAAGUUAUAAAGCUUUUGUUUAUGCAGUUAAAAAUCAGUAUUGGUAUCAGAUGUAUAUUGACAAUUUGCCAAUUUGGGGUGUUGUAGGUGAACCGGAUGAAGUUGGCAAUAGCAAUGGAGAAGUUUCUUAUUAUAUCUGGACACACAAGAAACUGGAUAUAGGGUAUAAUGGAAAGCAAAUAGUUGAUGUCAAUUUGACUAGUGAGACAAAAGUGGAGCUUAAACCAGGAAGAACCAUACCUUUCAGUUAUGAAGUUAAUUGGAAAAAAAGUAAUACCAAAUUUGAAGAUAGAUUUGAUAAAUAUUUAGAUCCUAAUUUUUUUCAACACAGGAUUCACUGGUUUAGUAUUUUCAACAGUUUCAUGAUGGUUAUAUUUCUCGUUGGGCUUGUUUCAAUGAUUUUAAUGCGCACCUUGAGAAAAGACUACGCAAGAUACAGCAAAGACGAAGAGAUGGAUGACAUGGAGCGGGAUUUGGGUGAUGAAUAUGGAUGGAAACAAGUUCAUGGUGAUGUUUUUCGCCCAGCAAAUCAUCCUAUUCUUUUCUCUGCUCUUAUCGGGGCUGGAUCUCAGGUAACCAGUGUAGUUUGCAGUGUAAUUGUCUAUGCGAUAGUUGGAGAACUAUACACGGAGCGAGCUUCUAUGUUAUCGACUGUAAUUUUCUUCUACGCGAUAACGUCGCCCAUAAAUGGUUACGCGGGAGGUGGACUUUAUGCACGAAUGGGUGGUCGAGUAUGGAUUAAGCAAAUGCUGCUCAGUACUUUUAUGAUUCCAGCUUUGGUCUGUGGAACAGCUUUUUUUAUCAACUUCAUAGCAAUAUAUUAUCAUGCCAGUCGAGCUAUUCCGUUUGGAUCGAUGGUUGCAGUCACGUGUAUCUGCAUAUUCGUGAUCCUGCCGCUUACGCUCGUGGGCACGAUCCUGGGUCGGAACCUCGCCGGCACACCUGACGCCCCGUGCAGGGUUAACGCGGUGCCGCGGCCGAUACCCGAGAAGAAGUGGUUCAUGGAGCCGUUAGUUAUAAUAAUGCUCGGCGGCAUCUUGCCCUUUGGCUCCAUCUUCAUCGAGAUGUACUUUAUUUUCACGUCGUUCUGGGCAUAUAAGAUCUACUACGUUUACGGUUUCAUGUUACUGGUAUUUAUUAUCCUGAUGAUCGUCACGGUUUGCGUCACCAUUGUGUGCACUUACUUCCUUCUAAACGCGGAGGAUUAUAGAUGGCAGUGGACUAGUUUUUUAGCAGCAGGUUCGACAGCUAGUUAUGUUUAUCUUUAUUCGUUCUACUAUUUCUUCUUUAAGACUAAAAUGUAUGGCCUUUUUCAAACCGCAUUUUAUUUCGGUUAUAUGGCACUCUUCAGCUUGGCAUUGGGUAUUAUGUGUGGCACCGUUGGAUACAUCGGGACAAAUGUCUUUGUACGCAAGAUGUACUCAACUGUAAAGAUAGAUUAAAAAAAAGUAUUCGAUGAUUCGACCGACAGCUUCGUUAUUAUGAACGUCAUAACGAAUGGCGCCAUCAAAUGAUAUUAAGUUAGCUGUUCAAUAUAGGGCUCGUUGUCACGUUCUUAAUUCGCUUUUUAUUUCACUUUUAUUUAGUUAUCAUUAUUAUCACUACUACUAAUGCUACUA